AUGGAGGUUACCCAGACAAAUAGUAAUCACAACAAUCAAUUACAAAAAUGGCGGAAUAAAGUUGUAACUGGUAAUUUAUCCGAUGACUUUUUAAGAAUAUCUUCUUCAAGGCCUGUUGUUCCUUUCCAGCAGACUGGGUUCCAAUCUCAAGUUCAUUUUUCGCCAAUAAAUUAUUAUCCGAUUGUGCAAACGCAGGGAACACUAAAGAUAACAGUAGCACAGGCAAAGCUCGUUAAGAAUUAUGGAUAUACCCGCAUGGACCCAUACUGUAAAAUUCGAGUAGGCCACAAUGUUAUGGAAACACCAACGGAUGGCAAUGGUUCUAAAACUCCAAGAUGGAAUAAGACAUUCACUUUUCCGCUUCCAUCAGGUGUAGACUCUAUAUAUCUGGAGAUUUAUAGUGAGAGGUCCAUUGUUAGCGAUGAUCGUAUUGCGUGGAUGCACAUUAAUAUUCCUGAAGCUGUGAUGAAUCACGAAACGGUCGAAGACUGGUAUUCAUUAACUGGAAAGCAAGGAGAGAACAAAGAGGGAAUGAUCAAAUUGAUUUUAUCCUAUUAUCCUCCAUCUGGUUCUCCGGUCCAACAGCAUGCCGUACCCAAUCCUACUCAAACCAGUAACAGACAGGGUUAUGAUAUGAACGCACAGAUCAGUCAGAUGACAUCAUCAUAUGAGUCUACUGCAAGUGUGGAAAGCAUCAAGGGGAUGUUUCCAACUAUUGAUGAAGAAGUGAUUCGAUCAGUGCUAGCAUCAAAUGGUUGGAAUGUUAAUGCUGCAAUAAAUGAUCUGCUAUCAAUGAAUUCCUAG